AAUCUAACUAUGUUCGUUUGGAGUGCACUCGUUUUGUUGAAUAAGCCAGCAGCGUCCAUGUCUUUCUUUGAAAGAAACAGAGAGAAACAUUCACUCUGCUAUCUCUCUCAGUAACAACAAUCAUAGCCUCUACAGCAACACAACUAUCCUCUCUCUCUCUCUCUCUUUCUCUGCAGGUAAUACCGUAGAUUUUGAUGCAUACGUGACUGUAAAAUAGCAGCAACACUGACUAACUUAUUGUGGAAAAGUGGUUGUAAACAUCUGAUGAAGGUGCUUCAACUGCCCCAACUUGUAAGACAUGGUCCAUUUCAAAACUAUCCAUGUCGCUACAGUUCACAUGUAUCUUUUGUUUCAUUGAACGCUUCAGGCUAUCCUACUAAAGACAUUAAGAGCAACAACAAUGAUGACUUGAUUCAAUCGUUGUGUAGAGGUGGCAAUCUUAAGCAAGCCGUUCAGCUCUUGUGUUGCGAGCCGAAUCCUACUAAAAAGACUUUCGAGCUUUUGAUAAAUUCUUGUAUAGAACAGAACUCUCUUUCUGACGGCGUUGAUGUUCAUCACCGUCUUGUCGGUAGUGGUCUCGACCAAGACCCGUAUUUGGCUACAAAACUUAUCAACAUGUAUUGUGAUUUAGGGUCUGUUGAUCAUGCUUGUAAGGUGUUCGAUGAAACUCGGGAAAAAACCAUCUUUGUUUGGAAUGCAAUAUUUCGAGCGUUGGCAAUGGCGAGUCGUGGUGAAGAUUUGUUAGUAUUGUAUGGUCAGAUGAAUUGGAUUGGGAUCCCAUCGAACAGGUUCACGUAUACGUAUGUUCUUAAAGCUUGUGUUGUUUCGGAGUUGUCAAUUUGUCCUCUUCGGAAGGGUAAGGAGAUUCAUGCUCAUAUUCUGCGACAUGGCUAUGAAGGACAUGUUCACGUUAUGACGACUUUGUUGGAUGUAUAUGCUAGGUUUGGUUAUGUAUCCUAUGCAAGUUCUGUGUUUGGUGCUAUGCCUGAUAAGAACAUUGUCUCAUGGAGUGCGAUGAUUGCGUGUUAUGCAAAAAAUGAAAUGCCUAUGAAAGCAUUGGAACUUUUUCAGAUAAUGAUGCUUGAGGCAUGUGAUACAGUUCCGAAUCCAAUAACAAUGGUGAGUGUGCUUCAAGCUUGUGCAAGUCUUGCCGCAUUGGAACAUGGAAAGCUGGUCCAUGCCUAUGUCCUUAGAAGGGGUCUUGAUUCUACACUUCCGGUUCUUAACACCCUUAUAACAAUGUAUGGAAGAUGUGGUGAGAUUUCGACGGGACAACGAGUGUUCGAUUAUAUGAAGAAACGUGAUGUUAUUUCGUGGAAUUCUUUAAUUUCCAUAUAUGGUAUGCAUGGUUUAGGAAAGAAAGCCAUCCAAAUUUUUGAAAAUAUGAUCAACCGAGGAGUUUCGCCGAGUUACAUAACAUUUAUUACUGUUUUGUGUGCUUGCAGCCAUGCAGGCCUUGUUGAAGAGGCAAAGAUUUUGUUUGAAUCUAUGCUUAAUAAGUACAGAAUCCAUCCAAGAAUGGAGCAUUAUGCUUGUAUGGUGGAUAUUCUUGGCCGAGCUAAUCGGUUAGACGAAGCAAUCGAAUUAAUACAAAAUAUGGAUUUCAAACCAGGACCAACGGUUUGGGGUUCACUUCUUGGAUCUUGUAGGAUUCACUGUAAUGUCGAGCUUGCUGAAAGAGCAAGUGCUAUGCUAUUUGAGUUGGAGCCUAAGAAUGCUGGCAAUUACGUGCUUUUAUCACAUAUUUAUGCAAAAUCUAGGAUGUGGAACGAUGUAAGGCGUGUAAGGAAACAAUUGGAAUCUCGUGGCUUGCAAAAGAUUCCGAGUUGCAGCUGGAUUGAAGUAAAAAGGAAGAUAUACUCGCUUGUCUCUAUUGAAGAGUAUAACCCUCAAAUCGAAGAGCUUUGUGCUUUCCUUAUUACACUGUUAACUGAGAUCAAGAAUCAGGGUUAUGUUCCACAGACAAACGUUGUUACUUACGAUCUUGAUGAAGAAGAGAAGGAAAGAAUUGUAUUGGGACAUAGUGGAAAGCUUGCCGUUGCUUUCGGACUCAUUAAUACUUCAAAAGGUGAAAUCAUUAGGAUUUCAAACAACCUGAGAUUGUGUGAAGAUUGUCAUGCUUUUAUGAAGUUUGUUUCAAAAUUUACUAACAGAGAGAUUCUUCUUAGAGAUGUGAAUAGGUUCCACUGUUUUAAAGAUGGAGUUUGUUCCUGUGGUGACUAUUGGUAGUUAUUGGCAGAAAAAGCUUAGCAUUUAAAAUCCUUAUGAGUAAUUCUAAUAUAGUGACAGAAAUUGAGUGAUGCCAUUGUUCCAAACAUAGCAAUCCCCAGUUGAGUUUGCACUGUAAUUUUUGUCUCUUUUUACAAUGCAUUGAAAUUCAACAUUUAUAUAAAACAAUGAAAAUCCUUAUGAAAGUAACCUAAUCACUUCA